AUGGACGGCCGCUCGGUGGAGGAGCCCCUGGACCUUGUACGCCUCUCCCUCGAGGAGAAGGUGCUGGUUAAGAUGCGUGGUGAUCGUCAGCUUGAGGGCACGCUUCAUGCGUAUGAUCAGCACAUGAACAUGGUCUUGAGCAACGUCGUCGAAACGCUGGCCACCGUCGAUGUGGAUGAUGAGACAGGCGAGGAGCUGGUCAAGACUGCCAAAAGGGUGCUGCCCAUGCUGUAUGUGCGUGGUGAUGGUGUUAUCUUGGUGGCACCACCCCAUCGUGCUUGA